ACCACCGAGCAGCAGUAAGAAGAUCCAGCCUAGGGUUGUUUUCUUCUCUUCUUUUUUAUUCAUUCCUUUUGGUACAUGUAGACGUUGGACAGAGCGGGCGUUGACUUGCGUGGAUGACCGCGCCGCUCACGCUGGCAACUUUUGGCUCUCACACGCCAACAGCCACACACACCUGGCGCUUCUUUUUCUCUCGCAAAGGUUUUCAACUAUCGUCGUCGUCUUUUAGUCAUAACUGCUGGAAUCAAGGACUCGAUGCGGCUAGUUUCACACCAACUUCCGUCAGCGACGGAUCCACCAACUCAGUCCGGCCGGCCACUUGCCCAGUCUUUCUUAUUACGUGCAACGUGCAAGUGCUAACUCACUUCUAUGUCUUCCACGUUUGAGUGUCUGAUUAUUGUGAAGCCGUUGGAGUGACGAGCCAAAAAUGUCGAGUUACAAAUUCUCCAACAAGAAGCCUUCCGUCAAGGAAUUAUUGGAAGGAGCCACGUUCCGUAAGACAUUCACGCCGAAACAACCAGCUCCUCCGCCACCACCGCCGCCUUCCGCCAAAGUGAAUCCAGCAGCAGCAGCAACUACUGGCAGCAGCCGUGGUGAAGUGACCAACGACAAAAAGAUUUUCAAUCGAUUGUGCGAUCUGUUUGGCAAGGAUGUUUCAUCCAUGAACCAAGUCAUCGAAUUCCAAUCUGAUCCGCCAGCCAAAGCGGCCGCCGAAGUAUUGGGCUACUCGUAUCAAAUUCCAGCGCCGCCAGUGGCUGACGUCCAGAUGGUGGUGAAUCACAACAAGAAAUUGAUGAAGGCGAUCGUCGAAGAAGACGACCAACAAGCCGAGAUGAAGGACCGGUUGAUGAAGGAAAUCAAACAAAAGAUCUCGGAGCGACGCCGCAGGAUUUUGCAGCAAAGGAGGGACUUGUUUAACGACUCGACCGUCUCGUCUUCCUCGGCGGAUGUUGUUGUUGUGGAAGAAGAAGUAAAAGAAGAAGAAGAAGAAAUAGUGGACGACGACAGGGAUUUAUGGAAAGCUGUUCCCGCCCUGGCAGAUCCUGACGACGCCGAUAGCAGUUUCGAGGAGGAAGAAAGGGGCCGCUGGGAUCCGGAUGCUGCCUUUUCCGAAGUGGAGAGGAUACUGGAAAGUUUAGAAAGCAACGCAGCGCUCAACGAAGAAUUGGUUGGUCGUUUCCGGCUGACGGACCACGUUCACCAUCGCCGUGAGCAAGAUUGCGGCCGUCCUAGUGGUGAUGUUAUUGUCAGCAAUGGCGACGAGGAUAAAAACAGCGACGAUUCGGGCAUGUCCUCCUCAGCUGAUUCCUCCACCGUUUCUUCUUCUUCUUCUUCUUCUUCUCGGCAGGAAGUCUCCGCCGUCGUCAAACCCGUGCGAAAGAGCAAACAGCAGGUGGUGGCCACCAUCUCGACCAACGACGACCAUCAAAUCUCAUCCGCAUCCACAUCACCCAGCGACGAAGAAAUGCUGCGCAAUCAAUUGCAACUACUCAACAGUUCCAUGCACAUUUACAGCGUGGCCCACGACAGCCCAGUCAUCAUCGAUUCCAUUUCCGUCAAUCUCGAUGACGACGAUGCGUCGAUUCGCGGCGGAACCUCAUCGGAGCAUCGCAUCCGCCUGGAUUUGUCCUCACUCGCCCCUACACCGACUCCCUCCUUGUCGUCCAUCACCACUUUUGGUGGCGGUGGAACUGGAGGAGGUCGUCGCCGGAGUGGAACUUCGUCCAAUUUGACCAACAGCGCUGGCGAAAUAUUUGGAAGUUUGCGGUCGAAUUUGUCGGCCGGAGCCUACAGUACGGGAGAGGCUCUCAACCGGAUCGCCCAACACGUCACGGACAAUAUCGUUCGACCUAUCGCCGAUACGAUGGGCGAGGCUGGCGACGGGCUCGUCCGGGCGGCUGAGCCUCUCGUCCAGCACCUGCAAUUGCUGAGUACGCGACUCCAGGUGCGCUACAGGCACGCCGCCCAGCACAAGCAAUGGCUGCCCCAAUUGAGAGAAGCUGCCGACUGGAUUGAAGAUAUCCCCAAGAGUCAAAACGGUUUCGAGGAGCUGCGACUUCACGUCAAAGAGGGCGGUGACCUGUGCAAAGAACUGUCAGCCAUUCUCCAGGAGAGGUCGGAGCUGGAGGCGAGUUACGCCAAGGGAUUGGCCAAAUUAGCGUCGAAAUUGCUGAAAACGACGGGUGAACUGCAGGGACCGCACGGGACCGUUACGGCCGGAUGGUCUGCAGUUGCCAUGAAAAUGGAAUCGGAAGCCGAACUACACAAAUCGCUGUCGGUGGCGCUGUCGGAAGAAUUGGUGAAACCGUUGAAGGUGGCUGUCGAAUCGCAACACAGAGUGCGCAAGGCAGUCGAGUCUGGUGUGGACAAAACGGGCCGGAUGCUGGCGGAAUGGAGGUCCGCCCAAGCCAAAGCCAAAAAGCACUGCUACAUGAGCGCCAGGGAGAACGAGAAAAUGCAAGACCAGGUGUUUAUCAACAAACCACGGGUCCUCACCGACAAGGAGACGGCCAAAUUGGAAGCCAAGUGUAAAAAGACGCAAGAAGCCGUUCGAAAGGCUGAAGGGGAAUAUUACACAUGCUGCACGAAAGCCGAACGGUCUCGACUCGAGUGGGAAUCGACGACCCAGCGGGGUGGCCGAUGUUUUCACGCUCUGGAACAGGAAAGACUGGAGCAGUUGAAAGACUUGCUGUCCAAGUAUUACGUUUGUUUCCGCGAUUAUUGCCCCAAAAUGUGCCAGGCCGUCGACAGACUGGUCGAGCCGGUUUCGACGUGCAACAUCGAUAUCGACCUGCAGAGCGUGUCGUCGCUCCGUGAUUCCGCCCCGACCUUUGCCGAACAACUCCUGCCCGACUUCUACGCCGAGCACAUGUCCAAUGUGAUGAAUCGGGAACGUCGCAAGGAUAGUUUAGAGCGCUGCCUCCACUGGGUCCGUUCCGACUUGGAACGGGAGUCACGUGGUAGACGCGGCGUUGAGAAUUUGGCCAAAGCUUUGCAAGAGUCACCUCACUUUGGCGGCGAGGAAUCGCAGCUGGAAGUGCACGAGAAACUCCUCCACUUGCGCAGCAUGUUGGCAUUCCUGGAAAUGACUCGCGUCAAAUUGCACAACAGCGCACACGAACUGGAGCCAAUUCGAUACCGCAAAGUGGAUCAUCCUCUCUUCAAAUAUCUUUCAGUACACAAAGACAAGCAAGGGAUGAUGCAGAGCGUGCUCAAAUUACCGCACUGGAUCGACAACGAAGACAUUGAGAUUGAGAUCAAUGAGGACGGACGGGGAACAGGUGACGGCAAUUCCGGGCAAGUCGACAGCGACUUUGAUGAAUUCAGCAGUCAGGGCAGCGAUGGAGAAAUUUCGUCACACAGCGUCAUCCAACGCAAUGGCGGCGUGUCCAGCAAUGCAGGAUCCACGUCUUCAUCGUCGACGACGACGACCGACAACACGACAGUGAUUGUGCCCUCGGUGGGCAAGUGUCGAGCACUGUACAGCUACGCCGCCAACAUGUACGAUGAGCUCAGCAUUCAACCAGGGGACGUCAUCAAUAUUCACGACAAACAAGCCGAUGGAUGGUGGCUGGGUGAAUUGAGCGGAACGGUGGGCAUCUUCCCGGCAACCUACGUCGAAGAAGUAUGAACUACCAACGAUAACAUAAUUAUUUUUGUUUUGUUUUCCGGUUUGCCUCUCUCUAUCUGCAAAAAUCUAAUCCGCUCCCAAUUUUUUUCUUACUUUUGCUAUCGUGACCGAAUCGCUACUAAAAUAAAUGCUGACCUUUUUUUUUUUCGUUUUUGUCAAAAGUGAAGAAAUAAUGAAUUUAUUACACACGUUUCAUACAUUA